GUGUUCCUUAUACCCCCUCGCCGGUUUCCCCUCUUAAGUUAUCCGACACAAAAGUUCAGACCAAACUUGUAAAGUUUAUCGUAAAUUUAGUUUAAAGUGUUUUUCCUUAUGUUGUGAGUGUUUAUAAUGUAGUGUUAGUGCCAAACAGUUGAAACUAAUAGCAUUUAAUUAUAUAAGUAUUUCCUAAGCCAAAUUAGUGAGACUAUUGUGAUUUAUUAUGUCAACUUCUAGUGGUAGUAGUUCCUCCCAGAGCCCCCCUACUAUGGCCUCUAUUAGUGAUGUUAGCGCUUUAUUUCAGACAGCAAAAAAAUACGAAGAGCUCAAUGUUAUCGGAACAGGUGCAUAUGGUACCGUGUACAAAGCUAGAGACCUCCAUAACGGCGGUCAGAUAGUUGCAAUGAAGAAAGUCAAAGUAGCAUUAACGGAAGACGGUAUACCCUUGUCCACAUUGAGGGAGAUUGCCUUGUUACGACAGCUGGAGGCCUAUAGACAUCCCAAUAUAGUCAGGCUCCUGGAUGUAUGUCAUGGCGGUCAGUCUUCAGAGCGUGAUCACCAACUAGUGCUGUUCUUAGUAUUUGAGCAUGUGGAACAAGAUCUAGACUCCUUCCUCAAGAGAGCACCUGGACCGCUUUCAGAGAACAGAAUAAGAAGCAUGUCAUAUGACAUCCUGUCCGGGGUGGACUUCCUCCACUCACACCGCAUCGUGCACCGCGACCUGAAGCCUCACAACCUGCUUGUCACAUCCAACGGCCGCGUCAAACUGGCUGACUUCGGACUCGCCAAGACUUACGACACCGAGAUGAAGCUGACCAGUGUGGUGGUGACCCUGUGGUACCGUCCCCCUGAGGUGCUCCUGGGUCUGUCUUACAACACGGCGGUGGACGUGUGGUCCGCGGGCGCUGUCCUGGCUCAGCUCCACACUCGAGCUCCUCUGCUGCCCGCCAGCUGCGACUCCGAACAAUUGCACGCCAUAUUCAGGCUGAUAGGCCGUCCACCUCGCGAGGAGUGGCCGGCUGGUGUGUGCAUAAUGGCUGAGAGCUUCCCUGACUAUCCACCCAAGGACCUGGCCGCUGUCCUGCCCAGGGUCCAUCCGCACGCACUGGACCUCAUUAAGGGUAUGCUAGUCUUCGAUCCCGCCAAACGUCUCACGGCCUUGGACUGCCUCGAGCAUCCAUACUUCACGGAAGAACCCCUCAACUAGACACUACAACCAUAAAUGUAUAGCCAAUGAGACGAGAUAAGAAAUGUAAACGAAAUUUGUUAAAUUCACAACAAUUUUUAGCAAUUUCUAUUUAUACCAUCUAAAGGUAAUUAAAUGUUUAUCGUCAAUGAGAAAAUAUCUAUGGAUUUUAAUUCGAAAUCCAUAUAAUUAAUUCUAUCAACAUUUCAAUCACAAAGAGUUUAUUCAAUUAUUUACAAAAUUUAUCUCGUUUCGUUGUCCAUAUUAAAUGAUUUAUUGUAUAAAUACUUCUCAAUGCAUACAUUGACAAAUGGUCUCAUAUGUUGUAAUACUUAUUACGUAUAGUAUAUACACUAUAGCUCAGUCGUGACACUGACGGUGAGCGACACGUCGCAGGUUCGAACCCGUUCCUUACACAUUAAAUAUCUUUAAGAUAACACUAGAUAGUUGACAAGUGCCUUAGUUUUAAGAUUAUGUAUAGUUUUUUAGAAUUUUUUAAUAUGCCCACCAAACUGUAACCAUAUAUAUUUUUGUAAGCUAUUUUCUAUGAGAUGGAAGACCACCGUCCGUCCGUGUGUACUGUUUAUAUAUGAUAAAAUUGAUUCAUCUAUUUUUAUAAGAUCUUAUGUUCCUUAAAUAUAAAUAAGGUAUGGAAUAAAAUGAGAAACAAUCAGU